CCGCUGAACUAAGUAGGGCCAAGGAAAAUGGCCUACAAAUAGAAGGGUGCGCCCAUAUCACAGCUUGCUCGACGGUCACAACUUCAAGGACGCACCUUUGCACUGCUCUCUCAGCGCCCUCAGGCUCUUCCCCCCGCGGCCUCGCUCGGUGACGCAAUUGCCCGCCGAGCAAGCCGAUCUCUCUCUUCCACACGCGGUAGCUCUUUCGUCCCAAAGCACGAAUGUCGUCUGCGUCGGCCAUUCCGAAGGUUGUUCCGGCGCAGCUUUCGUUCCUCGCCAUAUACAAUCCGUCACUGGGAGGUUCGGACGAGACUUUCCACGACCAAAUCGUGUUCUACUACUCCAAGGCUGCAAAGACGAGAUCCAAGGUCGAUGGCCGAAACCGUCCAGCGGAGCGCGAACUGCGCGAACAGGAGAACGAAAAGCUGCGCCAGGUGGGACUGGCUCAGGGCAUGGUCGACUUUGCCCGGUAUAUUUGAAGUUAUGCUGUUGCGCGGGCUCUGGAGCAGACAAACUGAUGUUGUGCAGGAGCUUCUCCAACGGCGAGGCAGUUGACUCAGUAGAAACACACAAGUCACG